CCAGUUGUCCCGAACAUAGGUGCACCUUCGUAUAUGCUCUCUAAAUACGUCGGCCGCAUACUGCAAGCGUCGAUAAAUAGUAGAUACAACGUCACAGAUUCCUUCUCGUUUUGUGACUAUAUCAACUCUGUCCGCUUACCCGAGGGAUACGUGUUAGUGUCGUUCGAUGUUGUCUCUCUGUUUACUUGCAUUCCUCGAGAGUUGGUCUCCCACACAAUCAUACAAUGUUGGGAUGAGAUCAAAAAACACACAGACAUAAAUCUCGAUCUGUUUUUGGAGAUCACUGUGUUCUGUAUCGAGUGUAGCUAUUUCUCCUACCGUGGAAGAUACUACAAGCAAGUAUCAGGCACAGCAAUGGGUAACCCUUUAUCUCCCACGAUCGCAGAUAUGGUCAUGGAAUUGUUGAUGAACAACGUGAUGGCUAAAAUCAACUUUCCCAUCCCGGUCAUAAAAAAGUAUGUAGACGAUCUAAUACUAGCUUUACCGGUAGAUAGGGUGUUAGAAGUACUGAAUAUGUUCAAUAGUUACAACCCGAACAUACAGUUCACUUUUGAGAGAGAACAAGACAAUCGGCUUCCAUAUUUGGACAUGGUCCUUGUUCGUCUACCAGAUCAGUCCAUAAAAACGGAAUGGUACUGUAAACCUAUGUCAUCGGGCCGUUUCUUGGAUUUCUUGUCCAGCCACCCGUUGCAUAUGAAGAUCAAUAUGGUUAACUACUUCAUAAAACGGGUUAGGAAGCUAAGUACGAAUCUCCCUCAGACAGCCAUAAACAACAUCAUCGACCAACAUCUUCAAACAAACCACUAUCGGAGAUCUCUACGACACUGUCUCAUCAAUCAACACUCUACAACAUCGAGAAGAGACAACACUACCAACAAUGAUGAUGUGAUCUACAAACCCAUGGUACACGUUAACAUGCUCAGUGGUCGAUUAGCUAAAGUUUUCAAAGCUGACUAUCCGAACACUAGACUAGCAACAAGGAAUGAAUUUACCAUUUAGAGCCUGUUUACGCAGACCAAGGAUCGCAUCCCACCGGAGCUUCGCAAUAAUGUGAUAUACAGGAUCCCCUGUGAAAACUGUGAUGCCAGCUACGUUGGCCUCACAACAACUAGUUUGAAGAAGAGACUGGGACACCAUAAGAGCGACAUAAACAAACUAGACAAACUUAUGAAUGACAUCAACGAAAACAACAACGACUCGAACUACAACAGCUAUGAACUCGGCCGCCUUAAGGAGAGAACCGCUCUCCUACUGCAUUCGGCCGACAACAACCAUCGCUUCGCUUUGGACCGUACGGAGAUACUAGACUCACAUCGACGGUGCUCCGCUCUCCCUGUUUUAGAAGUGUGCCAUAUAAUCAACACCGAAAAAACAGUAAACAAACGAAGCAACUGUGAUAGUUUAAGUACAACAUAUGCAGGAAUUUUACAUACACUAAGGACAAAAAUCAAAACAAAUCAUGUAGAUAGACAGACAAGUAACAAUCUGACGAACACUACUGACAAUGACAAUGACACCCAAUAGACAUUUUACCCACUAAACUUGCAUUCAAUAUUUGACCCACUUCUAUAGAAUAGUUUUACAAAAUGACGGUUGAAAUCGUAAAAUAGUUAGAAUAGUUAGAAACAAGACAAAGUAGUGAACCGUUGCCAAGUUUUUUCCGUUUUGUCCAGUAAAAUAGUUAGUGAAUGUUAUAUUUUGAAUAUUGUGAGAUGUCUAAUGUGUUCGUUUUGAAAAUUAAUUUUAGGAAAUUGACGAACACCAAAAGCUUGACGAGAAUGACCAAAAACAAUCCACCAGACAAAGAACUAAACUUUUCUAACCCUUGAAGAAGAUUGAAUAUACAAUCGAAACGUCGGGCGUAGAAAACAUGCUUUAGUUCUGACCGCUCUAAAGACUGAAAGCCGAAAAAGUCUCCCGGUACGAACUCCCAGCAGUCGAAAGCAUCCAAGUUGAUCCAUUUUAAUCGGGUUGCUGUCGGAUAUACUGUUGACGUGACCCGCCCACCGUAGCCUCCUGAUUUUCGCGAAGAUUUCAAAUAAUGCGCUGAGUAUCAUGAGUGGGACUCCAUCCUAGGUCCUCGGCAUGAUGCUUUAACCAUCACACCAGGUCCGCUCUACAUCCAGUCUAAAAGAUAUCCACCCAAUGUAAAACAACAUUUCUAUGGAACAAAAUCGUGCUUCAUACGAAGUUCACUUCUAUAGCUCAGUUGCGUUUUGUUAGUUUACAAAUUCAAAGCUGCAUUUCACGUGCUCAACAACAACCCAUUUUCUAGUACGUAUAUCGCGCAAAGCCCCAUCAACCAGCUGUAGAGUAGUGGAAACGCGUCUAUUCUCAGUUCGGUUUAGAUAACAAGUGACGUUUAUUUAUGUACUUUGCUUUUCAUGUUAUUCGUAGCCUACUACAUCUCUCCUUACCUUUAAAUAGAUUUAAAUUAAUUUAGAUAAUACAUGUUUUAGUUUAACCUGUCCUCCGGUAUAGUUGUGGUGUUAAUACAUCUGUACAUUCACAUAAUGUUUGUCAGCUGAUCUACGUUUUGCUAUUGUUCCUAUAUCAACAAAUAAUAUAUUUUUAUAGUUCAUUAUCGGUAUUUCAGAUCAUCAGCAGUUCUCCUCUGCACUGAUUCUUCGAAGUAACGGAUGUGUUCCUGUGGAGUCAAUCUUCCGGUCAUCAAGGCUAUCCUUUGGAUUGUACCUAAUUAAGAUUUGGAAUUAUAUAUUAGAAAAGUCAUUUUCAAAAUUUAUUUCAUGUCAAUACUUCACCAUUUACAUUGAUACCUUUUAUUUCUUCAUCAUCAGAUUGCAUGUCUUACCUCAAAUAUUGGUAUUAUGUCGUUUUCAGAUUUCUUGAUCUUCUAUUCAAAUUAUUCAUAUAAUCCUGAGCAAUGGCUGCAGAAAUAUAGAAUAGUUAAAGUAUUAAUAAAUA